AUGAAGCAGACGUUGCUGGUGUCUUUGCUGCUGACUAAGUCAGGGAAACGGUUCCUUCAGCCGAAGUCAGUUCCAUGUUUAUUCCACUGGAAUAAUUAUUUGAAAAAGACCCAGCGACCCGGAGUUUGGGAGCGCCGUCCACGUGUUUCCCAGACCGCGGUCGCAGCUGCAGAGGAUGAUGUCAACGCCAAUGUGGACAUAGUGACGGACGAUGAGCCCUCCUCUGGUUGUAUUGAGCUGGCUCCAGACUCUACCCCCAUCAUUGAGGACCACGACUAUGCUGCAAGUUCAUUCAUUGUGGUGGACCGUAUGAAAUAUGAAAACAUGACGAGGGAGAUUGAGGAGCUCAGGCAGCAGCUAGAGUCGCAUCAUUUGACUCAUAGAUUUGGACUGCAGCGGUUUGCCUCAUCACCUGAAGACAUUCGGUACUACACAAGAUUUCCAUCAUACGGACAUUUGAUGGCCUUUUGGAAUCUAAUCAAAGAGGCAACAAGCAGAAUGGUGAGGGUCACUAGUGGUCAGAAGAACCUUUCCGACAGCACAUCCACCGAGACUCCUGUGACUCGAACAACUAAAUUACUGCCAAUUGACGAGGUGGGUUUUUUUUGGUUGGGUAUGGUUUUAGGUUGGGUAUGGUGGGUGGGGGGUUGUUGUUUGUGUUUGUUUUGUUGGAGUGUUUUUGGUGGGGGUUUGGUGUGGUUGUUUUUGUUGGUUUGGUUGGUUGUUUUGUUGGGUGUUGUUGGGGGGGAGUUUGGUGGUAGGUGUUGGGGUUGUAUUUGUGGGGGGUUGGGUUUGGGUGGUUGUAUUUGUUGGGUUUGUUUUUGGUGUGUUUGUUGUGAGUUUGUGGUGGUUUUUUUUGUUUGUGUUGGUGGUGUGUGGUGGUUUGGUGGGGGUAUGUUUUGGUGGGGAGUUGUUGGGGUGGUGGGGUGGGGGUGUGUUUGGUGUUUAUUUUUGGUUUAUGGUGGGGGUAAGGUGUGGGUGUUGGAGUUUGGGGGGUUGGGUGUGAGGGGUUGUGGGGUUGGGGGUGUUUUUUGUUUUUUGUUUUUAGGUUGGGUAUGUUUAUUGUUGUUGGUUUUUGGGGGGUAUUUUUUGGUGGGUGUUUUGGGUUGGUGGGUGUGGGAUUUUUUUGUUGGUUUGUUUAGUUGGGUUUGGGAUUUAGUUGGUUUGUUUUAUUGGGGUUUUUGGGUGGUUGGGGUUGUUUUAGGGUGGGGUGUAUUAGUUGGGUAUGUAUGUUGUUUUGUGAUGUGGGUGUUUGGUGUUGGUAGUUUUGGAGGGGGGUUUUUUGGUGUGGUUGUGGGUGGGGUUGAGGGUGUUGGUUGUUUGGUUGGGGUGUGGUUUUUAGGGUGGAUUUUUGGUUGUUGGGUUUGUUUUUUGGUUGGUUUGGGUGUUUGGGUUGUUUGUGGUUGGGUAUGUGGAGUGGUUUGUUUGGGGGGUGUUGGGGGUUUUUUUGGUUGGUUUUUUUGGAGGUGUGGGGUGUUGGGUUGGGGUGGUGUGUGGUGGGUUGUGUGUGGGGGGGUGGUGUUUUGGUGGGGGUGUGGUGGAGGGGGUUUGGUUGGGUGGUUGUGGUGUUGA